AUGCAGAUCCAGCAUAUCUUGACACUCGCUCUGCUAGCUCUCUGCGCGGCAGUCUCGGCACAAAACACUGUAUCAUCUACACAAGCAGCAGCGAGCACGGAUACACGCGCACCAAGUGGUGGUGCGGCGGCACAACCAUCGCCCUCAGGCUCGGCUCGACCAUCCCUCUCAGGUAGUGUCGGCGGCAACGUUACAGCAUUAGGCAACUCGACGGCAUUAGGCAACUCGACAGCAUUAGGCAACUCGACAGCAUUAGGCAACUCGACGGCAUCAGGCAACAUGACUACAAGCACAAGCACUAGCACCACACCUACCACAUACCCCAUCGCAACGGUACCAACAACAGGAUAUUUGGCAGGCACCGCUGUUGCUCCUGUUCCAGGCGGAGCAUCGGGUGCCACUGGCUCCAAUGCCGUCGGUCCGGACGACAGUCACAUUGUCAGUGCUGCACAGAUCCUUCGUUCGUCCUUCGUCGCUGUGUCGGCGAGUAUCCUGGCUCUUGGUGUUGCAGUCUGUGUGCUACUCUAA